GGUUGUUUUGAAGUUUUGUAUCUGACGUGGUGCUGUCGAGCUGUCGAAUUAUAAACUUACCUUUCGUUCGGAUUAAGGAUAACCAAAACCGUCAAUUUUAUUUUCCUUUACAAUCUUUAAAAAAAUAAGAAACGAAAAUGUUGGACAGCUUAUUUGACGAUGUUAAACGAAUGAAUAAGAGACAGUUUAUUUAUCAAGUUCUGAGCUUUGGCAUGAUAGUGUCCUCAGCUCUUAUGAUAUGGAAGGGUUUAAUGGUCGUGACAGGGAGCGAAAGUCCCAUUGUUGUUGUACUCUCAGGCAGUAUGGAGCCUGCUUUUCAUAGAGGAGACCUGCUGUUUUUAACUAACUACCCCGAUGAACCAGUCCGUGUUGGUGAAAUUGUAGUUUUUAAGGUCGAAGGGCGUGAUAUACCCAUUGUACACAGAGUCUUGAAGCUUCAUGAAAAGAAUAAUGGUACAGUCAAAUUUUUGACUAAGGGUGACAAUAACAGUGUUGAUGACCGAGGUCUAUACGCUCAGGGUCAGCUCUGGCUGACCAAGAAGGAUGUUGUUGGGCGUACCAGAGGAUUUCUACCCUAUGUAGGAAUGGUCACAAUAUAUAUGAAUGAAUAUCCCAAGUUUAAGUUUGCUGUGCUGGGAUGUUUAGCGGUUUAUGUAUUAGUGCACAGAGAGUGAAGUUGAAUCUUGAUCUUAUGAAUGAAGAGUAUGUCUGUUAUAAAUAUUGAUGGACUUUCAGAUGUACUUCCACUUAUUAAAUUAAGUUCUCUCUAGAAUGAUUAUUAUAAUUAUUUUGGUUUAAAUCUGUUUUUCUUUGAUAAGUUAAGAUUUUUAUAACAACAAAUGAUUUUGUGAAAAUGUUUUUAGAUGUAAAUUUUAAAUGGAGGCAUAAUUUUCAUAGGAGAAAUAAAUAAUAUAACACACAAACCUUCAAACAUCGUUUUUAUAAUAAAAAAAGUUUUUCUAAGUUUUUGUAAAGUGGUUGUAUAUAUGCCAAAGCAAAAGAUAUAAAAAUAUAUGUACUUACAUUGCAAGAAUUGUUUUUUCAUACUUUGUUUUUCAUUCAGUGGUUCACUUUGUACAAAUGAUGAAAUAAUAUUUUCUUUCAUGACACAAAAUAUAUUAAAUUACACAUGCAUUACAUAUAAGUAUUA